CUGGCCUGGUUCUGGUCGCGGAGGUGUGGGCAGGUGGCUGCAGACGCUCUCUGACUGCGGGCUGCAGGCUGUCCGGCCGGAUCCCGGCAGCAGCAGCAGCGGCAGCAGCAGCUCCGCCGCUCGGAGCGACCAAGAUGUCCGUCUCCGGAAUGAAAAAGCAGCUCCACAAAGCCAGCCAGCUCCUGAACGAGCGUCUGAUGGGAGCUGAAGGAACCAAGCUGGACGAAGAUUUCCUAAAGAUGGAGAAGGCUGUCACGAUGAUCAGGGUUCUGCUGGCAGAGCUGCUAUCCAGAACCACAGAGUUCCUCCAGCCAAACCCAGCCUAUAGAGCUAAACUGAGCAUGCUGAGCACCGUGUCCAGGAUCCGAGGACAGGUGAGGACGAUGGGAUACCCGCAGACAGAAGGAAUGCUGGGGGAGUGCAUGUCGUUCUACGGCCAGCAACUCGGAGCUGCUUCUGAAUUUGGCGGUGCCCUGAUGGCCGUGGGUGGAGCUCUGGAGCAGGUCGCUCAGGCCAAGGAUGCUCUGGAUGUCAGCAUCAAACAGACGUUCAUCGACCCUCUGCAGGAGCUCCAACAUUCGGAGAUGAAGGAGAUCAAGUACCAGCUGAGGAAGGUGAAUGGCCGCCGGCUGGAUUUUGAUUACAAGAAGAGACGAAGAGGAAAAGUGGCUGAAGAGGAGCUCCGGCUGGCGUGGGACAAGUUCAUCACGUCCAAAGAGUUGGCAGAGAGGAGCAUGUUUGUCCUGCUGCAGAGUGACGUGGAUCGGCUCGGCAAGCUGGCGGCUCUGGUCGCCGCGCUGCUCCACUUCCACCACGACGCCCAGCGCAUCCUGCUGGGUCUCCAAGGCGACCUGCAGGCCAGGUUGACCGCUGCCAGUAACAAACCGGCGCGGCGGUUCAGAUCCAAAAAGAUCCAAGUGCGAGACGACCACAGCGGUACCGACGGGUUUUACCACCGGCUGUCAGCUGCUGCUCCUCGGCCCUCAGGAGAAUCGUUCCCGGUGGUACCGUCCAGACCCAGCAGCCCCAUCUCAAGUUACGCCGACUGUAAGCUGGUCCUGAAUCAGCCCUGCUGCCGUGCGAUGUACUCCUUCACGCCGAGGCACGAGGGCGAGCUGGACUUCAGCGAGGGAGACGUCAUCAUCCUCACGGGUCGGGCUGACGCCAGCUGGUACCAGGGCACGCUCGGGGACCGGUCCGGGCUUCUUCCGGUCAGCUACGUGGACGUGCUGGUGCCUCUGCCCUUACCAUGACCGCGUCUCAUCAGACUCCCACGUUAGAUCCCACUUCUGAUAAAUAUGCAAGAUUCUAAGCUUCGUUUUGCACUUUUCCGUAAAUGAAUCAGUCAGUUCUGAAGAGAGACAGGGUCAAAGUCUCUACAGCUACGGGUGCCUUCAGGAAAAUCCUCCUUAUUCUCUUUUUGUUCUUUUG